AUGGCUCCUUCAUACGAUGAGACCGCAGUGUCCGAUGCCCUGGCGAACAAGAAGGCGACUCCAUUAGAAAAACUCUCCCAAGGAGUUCCGAUCCCUGGUGUUCCAAGCUUUACAGAUGUCGAAGUUCAAAGACAAUUUAUGCUCAAUCAUAUGGCCGGAGCGUUUCGAGUCUUUGCCAGGGCCGGAUUUGUGGAGGGAAUGGCCGGUCACAUCUCACUUCGGGACCCGGAAUUUCCUGAUAAGUUCUGGACAAAUCCCCUCGGCAUUCAUUUCGCUCUAGUGAAUCCUUCAGAUAUGAUCCUUGUCAAUGAACAAGGCGUCGCAGUGGGCGGGAAUACUAGUCGGCCAGCAAACGCUGCCGGAUUCUUGAUUCACAGUGCUCUCCAUCGCGCUCGACCGGACGUAAAUGCGGCCUGCCACUUUCACAGCGUCUAUGGCAAAGCCUGGUCGGCUUUUGCUGAGCCCUUGGAAAUGCUGAAUCAGGACGUGGCCAUGUUUUAUGGCAAUGCUCAACAGGUAUACCGCAAAUUUGGCGGUAUAGUCUUUAAUGAAGAUGAGUCUACCGCAUUGGCGGACAGCCUCGGCAAGGAAGGCAAGGGAUUGAUAUUGAGAAACCAUGGUUUAUUGACCGUGGGUGAGACGGUGGAUGAAGCGGCAUAUUUGUUUAUGCUCAUGGAAAAGAGCUGUCAAAUUCAACUUGCAGCGGACGCUGCUGCUGCAUCUGGACGAAAGAAAAUUUAUAUCGAUGAUGAAGCUGCCAAAUACACGUUUGAUAAUACAAGCCAUCCUGAUAGUCUCUAUGCAGAGUUUCAGAUUUACCUACAGUAUGAGUCCGCCAUUUCACAUGAUGGAUAUAAAAUGGCCUGA